GCCUCCGCCAACGACGGCUGCGCACGACGGAGGUGAGAUUAUCAGGCUUCUUCUUCUCAGUAGCUGCGGACCUUAACGCCUGAGAGAAAGCAGCAGCAAUGGGCAGCAGUGAUUCUAAGCUGAAUUUCAGGAAGGCAGUGAUCCAGCUGACGACCAAAACACAGCCAGUGGAAGCCACAGACGAUGCAUUCUGGGAUCAGUUCUGGACAGACGCCACCACCACAGUCCAGGAUGUUUUUGCACUGGUGCCAGCAGCUGAGAUCCGAGCUGUGAGAGAGGAGUCCCCGUCUAACUUAGCAACCCUCUGUUACAAGGCUGUUGAGAAGCUGGUGCAGGCAGCAGAGUCUGGCUGCCCCUCUGAGAGGGAGAGGCAAGUAGUCCUGAACUGCACUCGGAUCCUAACUAGGAUUCUUCCCUACAUCUUUGAAGACCAGGACUGGAGAGGAUUCUUCUGGUCGACCGUGCCCGGUGCUGGGCGGGCUGGGAUGAAUGAGUUGGAAGAAGAUGAUGGAGCUCGACCGCUGGCUGAAUUGCUUCUCCUGGCUGUUGCUGACCUCCUCUUUUGCCCUGACUUCACUGUGCACAGCCACAAGAGAGGCCCAGAUUCAGUAGAGAGCAUGCAGUCUAUAGACAGCUGUGAAUACAUCUGGGAAGCGGGGGUGGGUUUUGCACAGUCUCCGCCUCUCAACUAUAUCCACGACUUGAAUCGGACAGAACUGUUGAGAUUGUUACUGACCUGCUUCUCGGAGACCAUGUAUCUGCCCCCUGCAUCGGACAACACCGUCCUCAACCCCUGGGUGACGUUCUUCUGCUCUGCUGAAAAUCGACAUGCAUUGCCUCUGUUUACGUCAUUGCUCAAUGUGGUGUGCGCUUACGAUCCCGUGGGCUACGGCAUCCCGUACAACCACCUGCUCUUCUCGGACUACAGGGAGCAGCUGGUGGAGCAGGCCGUUCAGAUUCUCAUUGUGACGCUGGAGCAUGACGCAGGGGCUCCCCAACCGCCUGCCUCUACGUCCAGCAUUGAGGAGCAGGAGCCUACAGGGCCGGAAAACCUGUUUGUGAAUUAUUUGUCAAGAAUUCACAGAGAGGAAGACUUUGACUUUGUACUGAAGGGACUUGCUCGUCUGCUGACCAAUCCGCUCACUCAGACUUAUCUGCCAAACUCCACCAAGAAGAUCCAGUUCCACCAGGAGCUGCUGGUGCUCUUCUGGAAGCUUUGUGACUUUAAUAAGAAGUUCUUGUUUUUCGUCCUGAAGAGCAGCGACGUCCUCGACAUUCUGGUCCCUAUCCUUUACUAUCUUAACGAUGCCAGGGCCGAUCAAUCCCGUGUGGGACUCAUGCACAUCGGUGUUUUCAUUUUGCUCUUGCUGAGUGGCGAGAGAAACUUUGGGGUGCGCUUGAAUAAGCCGUACUCCCUGCAUGUCCCCAUGGACAUCCCAGUGUUCACAGGCACCCAUGCUGACCUGCUCAUCGUGGUGUUUCACAAGAUAAUCACUACGGGCCACCAGCGACUCCAGCCUCUCUAUGACUGCCUUCUCACCAUUAUUGUAAAUGUUUCUCCUUAUUUGAAGAGCUUGUCUAUGGUUGCGGCCAACAAAUUGCUCCACCUGCUGGAGGCUUUUUCCACCUCCUGGUACCUGUUUUCCACAGCCCAGAACCAUCAUCUCGUCUUCUUCCUUCUUGAGACGUUCAACAACAUUAUUCAGUACCAGUUUGAUGGAAACUGUAAUUUGGUGUACGCCAUCAUCCGCAAGAGGAAUGUAUUUCACCAGCUGGCCAACCUGGCCUCUGACCCUGCCUCGAUCCAAAAGGCUUUGCAAAAAAAGAAGAAGUCGCCAGAUUUAAUUUCUCGCACAAACUCCCAAGAGACUGUCUCCAUGGAGGGUUCACGCCCUGCGGUGCCAGCAGAGCCCGGCACCCUGAAGGCCAGUCUGGUUGCUAUACCAGCUAUUGAUAAGCUGACGGAGAAGUCCCAGGUGUCAGAGGAUGGCACCAUGGUUUCAGUUCCAAAGACCGAUUCCCCACAGCCGGUCCAGUCAGACCUAAGUGCAGCUGCUGGAACAAGCGACACAGAGUCCAACUCUGGCAGAGACAUGGAAGAUGUUUUCUACACUGAAGCAGAAAUGCAAAGAAGGCGUUUGUCGAGUGCGUCCUCGGCGUCAUUAUGGGCUCCCACGCCAGAAUGGGUCCUCUCUUGGAAGUGCAAGCUACCCUUGCAGACUAUCAUGCGUCUUCUGCAAGUGCUAGUCCCACAAGUGGAAAAGAUCUGCAUCGACAAAGGCCUAACAGAUGAAUCUGAGAUCCUGAAGUUCCUUCAGCACGGCACAUUAGUGGGCCUGCUGCCAGUUCCUCACCCCAUCCUCAUCAGAAAGUAUCAGGCCAACGCUGGGACCGCCAUGUGGUUUCGUACCUACAUGUGGGGUGUUGUUUACUUGCGCAAUGUGGAUCCUCCCAUCUGGUAUGACACUGACGUCCGCCUUUUUGAGAUCCAGAGGAUGUAAAACGGAAAGCUUUAUGACUGAAAUGGACUCCCAUCACUAUCUGCUUCUUUCCUGACAAACCACACUGUGUUAAACUUUCUCUGUGUGAUGAUGUUUGCCCCUUUAGAGGAACCUAUUGGAAAGCAGAAAGAUUUUUGUCUCUUUACCCCAGAAGCACUAAAGUCCAUACAACUGUGUUUAUACAUUUCUUCAAUCUUCAGGACCACUGAAUGUCGAAAUACCGAAAUGACUGCAGUGUUUGCUAAAGGCUGAGGCUCCUUUCUUGACAUUGCAGAAUAGAAAAUAUUUAACUUGUCAGAUUUGUUAUAGAUGAUGUGGCGCUUUUCAGCUAAGCCGUGUGCUGCGUCCUGGAUGUAACUGGAUGUUCACAUUGAUUAUUGUACUUUUUUGUGCUUCAAUGUGAACUUGAGUUGUCUGCUGUGGCUGUAUAGUUUGUGUUUGCAGACAAAUGACAUGUUUUUAAGUGUGAUUAUGAGCAGGGUUCAUUUUUGUUCUGGAUGGCAAUGCUUACUGUGGUUCAUGCUAUUAAGUGUAUUUUCCUUAAAUUAUAUAUUGAUAUCAAUCCGUGAA